CAAAAUCGCCUCUGUACCAACAUGGCGGGUCAGGCAAUCAGGACUACAGAUAUGGGCAGGUAUCUCGCCAUCACCCAUAUCAUUGUCGGCGCUCUUCUCCUUUGCUUCGGCAUUGGAGAUAGUCUAACUGAAUUUUCUUGGACUCGUUAUGUGUAUUUUGGUAUCUGGAUCGGUAUUUGGAUGUGCAUUACAGGGGGUCUGGGUAUCGCUGGUACCCAAAAACAACCAAGUUCCUCUCGCAAUGUUUUUGCAGCCAUCUUCAUGGGUUUCUCAAUUACCUCAGCUGUGAUGGGUGGAACAAUCAUCAUCAGCUAUAGCUUUUCCAUUGCUUAUGGAGGUUACUACUUCUCAAGACACAGGUACAACACUGGGCUGGCACUCGCUGUUAUCAUUUUGCUUCUUGGUAUUGUGGAAUUUGCCAUUGGAAUCUGGGCUGCCAUCUGCUGCUGUUUGAUGCAAAUUUGCUGUUGUAGGCCCCCACCGCAAGAGAGUCAGGUAAUGCAAGCAGUAAACACUGGGUUCGCCGUCUCCCAAAUGCCUGGAGGUCCUGUGGCUGUUCCAAUGCAAACAGUUGGUGGUAUGGUUGCAGUUCAAGCGGUCCCACAGGGAGGCCAACCUCAGAUGAUCAUGAUGCCAGUUUCUGGAGCCGUGGGAGGUCAUCCGCCAGUUGUCCAAGUCCCUACAUCUGGAGCCAUGAUAGGAGGUCAGUCUCAGUUUGUCCAAGUUACUCCAACUGGAGCCGCAGCAACUGGUUACCAACCACAACAAGUGGAUGUUUCUCAGUCUUAUGGGCAAGGGCAGUACAUGGUCCUUCAAGAUGGACAGGUCCCAGUAAAGACGUGAGCUGUGUUACGAGUCCGCAGAAAGCUUGCUUACUCUUCUAACUAAACUAGUUUUAGUCUAAAGCUUCGAGAAUCAAGCUUAGGUUUUUGCGUCGUGUAAUACUAAAGUACUCAAAAGAGUUAAAUAAUUGUUACUUUAAAAUAAAUUGUGCCUGAGAGGAAUGUAAAUACAUUUUCAUGUAGAAACCGAGUGACAUCGCCCUUACUGUAUAUUUAGACCUGGUACAGAUUAAUAAUAUGCUUUUUGACAAAUUUCAGGAUAAGAAAUACGAACCUGGCGUCUGGAAUUUGGUCAGCUGUUACACCAAACUCUUUUUAGCAUUUAAAAUAAAAGUUCACUGUUUUUGUUUA